AUGGAUAACUUCUCAGCGCCCUACACCCAGACCCCCAUACCUACCUCCAUGGGACAGUUCGUCCCCCCUCAAGGCACAUCUGGCGCCAACAUGCCAUCUCAAGUAGCGCAGACCUUCUCCCAAAACAUGGCUUCCAUAUCAGCAAACAACCUCCUCGGCACACAGCCCAAACUCCCUUCACAAAUCAACUCGCCCCAGACCGUUGCCUCUCCUGCGGUUCCGAACCCGGCCCAGGCCCAGGCCCAGGCCCAGGCUCAGUUUGCGGCACGUGAGAAGGCCCGUGUCACGGCUCUGCUUGACAUCAACUCGGCCUUGUUGCAAGAGGUAGUGAACCUUCAAGCUGCCGGCAAGGCUGGCGCCGUCUCCAACCCGGAUACAAAUUCACCGGCGUCCGAGCAACCAGAUACAUCCAAAGCCAAUCAGAAGAGCCCCGAAUAUAUGGAGUGCAUGCGACGCCUACAAGCCAACCUAGCCUACCUCGCGACUAUCGCCGAUCGAUCGAAGAAACCGAGUGGCGUCGUGCCCCAAAUGCCAGCGAUCAUGACACCGCCUCCCAACCUCCCCGCUGUGAAUGAGCUAUAUGUCAGACUCAACGAGCUCUUCUCGCGCUCUGCAAAGGCUUCUACCCCACAAAGGCCAAGUCCUCCGUCCAUGCAGGGAAACGGUGGACCUAGCCCUGGCGCUAUGACUGAAUCAAUUAUUUGA